GCGGGUGGGAGUGCCGAGCGCCUUCCGCUGCGCCGGCGCCCGUCCCCACGCCCCGCGAGCGCGGUCGCUUCCCCUUUCGGCGCGCUCCGGUUCCGCUUUCCUCUGUGGGGCUGCCCUUCCCUGAGGGUCUCUGGCCCUGUCCGCGCCCCAGCAUGACCCUUUCCGGGGCGCCGUGGGGGAAGCCUCGCGCCCGCGCUCUGUCCCCGUGGAGAUCCUGCCGGUGACCCCCCGCCCCCGCCACCAUGAACGGGGUCCUGAUCCCCCAUACGCCCAUCGCCGUGGACUUCUGGAGCCUGCGCCGGGCUGGGUCCGCACGGCUCUUCUUCUUGUCCCACAUGCACUCGGACCACACCGUGGGGCUGUCGAGCACCUGGGCCCGGCCCCUCUACUGCUCCCCCAUCACGGCCCACCUCUUGCACCGUCGCCUGCAGGUAUCUAAGCAGUGGAUCCGAGCCCUGGAGGUUGGUGAGAGCCAUGUAUUGCCCCUAGAUGAAAUCGGACGAGAGACCAUGACCGUAACCCUCAUCGAUGCCAAUCACUGCCCUGGUUCCGUCAUGUUUCUCUUUGAAGGACACUUUGGGACCAUCCUCUAUACAGGUGAUUUUCGAUAUACACCAUCCAUGCUAAAGGAGCCAGCGCUGACGUUGGGAAAGCAGAUCCAUACUUUAUACCUAGACAACACCAAUUGCAACCCAGACCUGGUUCUUCCUUCCCGACAAGAAGCUGCCCACCAGAUUGUCCAGCUCAUUCGAAAGCACCCACAACAUGCCAUAAAGAUUGGACUCUAUAGCCUGGGGAAGGAAUUGCUGCUGGAACAGCUGGCCCUGGAGUUUCGGACCUGGGUGGUAUUGAGUCCUCGGCGCCUGGAGCUGGUGCAGCUGCUGGGCCUGGCAGAUGUGUUCACGGUGGAGGAGGAGGCUGGCCGCAUUCAUGCCGUGGACCACAUGGAGGUUUGCCGUUCCACCAUGGUGUACUGGAACCAGACCCGCCCUACCAUUGCCAUCCUUCCCACGGCCCGGAAAAUCCACCGCUCCCACCCCGGCAUCCAUGUCAUCCCUUACUCUGACCAUUCUUCCUACUCUGAGCUCCGUGCCUUUGUGGCAGCACUGAAGCCUUGCCAGGUGGUGCCCAUUGUUGGUCGACAGCCCUGUGGAGGCUACUUUCAAGACUGCCUGAGCCCCAGGCUCUUUGUGCCCCUGAUUCCAGACUCUGUGCAACGACACAUGAGUUCUUCCUCUAGAAAACUGAGCCUUCUCCGGCUGCUAAAAAGGAGGCUAAAGAGGCCACGAACCCAGGGGGUUGUGUUUGAAUCCCCUGAGCAAAGUGCUGAUCGGUCUCAAGCUGACAGAGACUCCAAGAAGGCUAAGAAAGGGAAACUUUCUCCCUGGCCUGAGGACCUUCAGAAGCUGCCCUCCCACCAUCCUUUGCAGAUCAAGAAGCAGCUGUUCCCAGACCUCUGCAGCAAAGAAUGGAAUGGGGCAGUUCCUUUCUGUGAGUCCCAGAAGAGGGUGACUAUAUUGACCGCCCCCUUGGGAUUUUCAGUGCACUUAAAGUCUACAGGUGAGGAGGUUCCCUCUCCAGAAACCAGGAAAGUAGUUAGUUUAGGGCCCCCCUUGGCACCCAGGGAGGUUGAUGGUGGUCCAGCAGCCUCAGGGAACCAGAGUAGCUGGAAGGGCUGUGGUUCUCCCCUGCCUCACAACAGCAAGACCACCUCUUCUCUAGCUGCUGAGUUCAGGGGCUUGGCACUAAAAUACCUUCUAACUCCAGUAAACUUUUUCCUGGCAGGGUAUUCUUCCAGGAGCUUUGACCAGCUAGUGGAAAAAUACCACCAACCCCUGCUGAGGUACAGACAGGAGAGUACAGAAUGACAAACUGGUUUGAUCAACACUGCAGUUUUCUGUGUUUGUUUCUUGAGGCAGGG